AUGCAGACUUUGGCAGACCAGGCCGAGGCUGUUGUCAAAGCCAAAGACGAUGCUGAGGAGAAGACAUAUUCUGCGGAGCGCAUCAAGAAUGUUCUUGAGGCCGAAAAGAAAGAGGCCGAGGAAAAGAUGGCCCAGGCCCAGAAAGAACUGUAUCCUGAUGCGGCCAAAUUUCGUGAGAAGCCAUUGACAUUGGCCGAUGACAUGGACAUACUAUUCUCUGAUGUUUCUGCAACUGGUGAGUGGGCAUACACCCCAAGCUCUAGAGUGUUUCUUGACACUAAGGGAUCUCACACCCCACUUGGUGAUGAUACUGAUACGGAAAUCCAUCCAUCUGGAUUGAGCAACCAAUGUCGUCGCCAAAAAGAAGGUCCAUCAAAUAAGCAAAAGGGGAACAAAAAACAAUCGGCUGCCGGUGAGUUAAGUAAGACACUUAAUCGCAUUGUCAAUACUGUGGAUGCAUCAUCUUCAACUGGUACACAGAAUGCUGCUAUGCAAAAUCCGCACACAAUAACUGAGUGUUUGGCUAAGAUUAGCACAAUCUCUAGCGUUAGUGAAGACGAUGACCUUUUAGUUUGGGCUGCAAGGAUGUUCAUGAAACCCUCACUUCGUGAGUCUUUCAUGGCUUUGCCUAAUGAUGUGUUGCGUUUGAAGUUUAUUAAUCUUGAAAUUGCUUUGGAAAAGGCUCGCAUUCCUGGUUUUCGUGAUUAG